UAUUCAACACUUCAAAUAUAGAUCUUGGAAAUGAACAUUUUUUCUGGUAAAACUUUCCCUGAUGGUGUUUUCAUUCACCUGGGCCAACAAAUGAUUUGCUUAACUGAGGACAAUUUCAGAUCCCCAUUUCUCAGCUGAUGAGGCUCUUUACAGUUUUACCUCACCUGCUUUUUAUUCAAACGAAACUUGAACUGAACACCUUAUAGGACUAUGCCAGAACUGGUUCUGGACCACCACUAACUGGCUGUUGGGUAAGCCUUCUUCUGCUCCAGAUGACUACUGAAAGGGUGAGGUGUCUUUUUUGGGAAGAUUUGAGCUUGACCCUUAUUGCUGAGAGGUUAAAAAAUUAGGUUAUUUCCACCCCCUGCAGCUACAAUUAUGAACAGGCAUUUUUGGAGGGAUUCAUCUAUCAGCUUAUCGUUUUUAGGGUCCAGUGGUACAAACAUUGAUGGAAGAUGUUGUAGCUGCCCUGAAGAAGAAAAAAUCAACAGUGCAGUUGGUACAACUUUGCAUGAAUUUGCUUUUUAGGCGCAGGUUCUGUUCCACGGAGCGUGGGUCAGGCUUUCCUCCGGCCGCGUAUUGGUCCACAACCCCCCGCCGUUAUUCGCAGCCAACUAAGUCAAAUGAACGGAUUUCACGUUCUCGCAGCAGAAACGGUGCACGUGCUUGUCCAAACGCUAAUCUGAAGCAGAUUGCCGCAAAAAAGCCAAUGACACUGUCUCUCAGCAUCCCACGGCCGCACGGAUUGCAGCAGCGUCUAACGGUAAAAAAAAAACAAAAAAAAAAAAAAACAGCGCAAGGUAGCGCAUGGGCAGCCAGCGGGGAAUUAUUCCCGAUCGCAUCACAUCCCUGAGCUUACAUGGCGUCCCUUCACACAGACCCGUGAAUUUAAUGUGCGGGCUAACAAGAUAGCCGCCUCUUUCCUUUUUUUUUUUUUUCCCCUCUCACCCUUGAUAAUUAUUAUUUAAUUUGCAGCCUCCGUUCUCUGCGUGGGGAGAGCGACAGAGAGGAAGAUGCAGCGCUCCUUGCUUUCAUAGUCUAACGUAAACGUAUAUUUUGUAGAUGAAGGCGGUGGAUGUGGGCUACACUAAAGGCGGACGAGCUCCUCUGUUUUUUGUUUAUUAUUCCAGGAGCAUACAUAUCAUCUGUGCAUAUCAAGGUGUCUUUGGGAAGGAUAUGGACAUCCUGGGGACAUGAGAAGGAGGCUUUGUUUUGAAUCACGACUGUCAAAUAUGAUUCAAUUUGACUUUCUAAUCAGCUUUAACAAGUCUACAUUAGGUGUUGAGAACACAUUCGUUAGAGGGAGGUUCCUAUCAAGUUGCGCCUGCCCUCUCCGAUUUCCCUCCCCUUUCGGUUUCUGGGUGGAUAUGUGGAUAAUUGUCCCAGCCGUCUUCAUCUCCUCCGGCAUAAAACUUACAGAAGGAAAGUUAUUUUCCCUUGUCUUUACACUGAUUCUCAAAAUUUCUACUCUUGAGUGGAUAUUCAGCAUACAGUCAAAUCCAGGCUGCUCCAUCACAGCAGACAGAAACCUCUACAACAAAUCAGAUGGAGUCCUCAUCCAUCACCGAGACAUCUCCAGUGACCUGUCCAACCUUCCCCCGCCGCAGCGGCCAGCAUUCCAGAAGUGGAUAUGGAUGAACUUGGAGUCACCCUCACACUCAUCCCGCCUUCCCGGUAUUGAGAACUUGUUCAAUAUGACUCUCAAUUACCGUCAGGAUGCUGACAUUACCGUGCCUUAUGGGUCUAUCAUCCCAGAAGAGACUGAAGAGGACUUUGUACCACCUAGCAAAACCAAGCUGAUCUGCUGGAUUGUGAGCAACUGGAACCAGGAUCAUGCCAGGGUUAAGUAUUACAAUGAAUUGUAUAAACACAUUGAGGUUCACGCAUAUGGACAGGCCUUUGGGGAAUACAUCACUGACCAAGACUACAACCCCACCAUGGCAAGCUGCAAGUUCUAUUUGUCUUUUGAGAACUCGAUCCACAAAGACUACAUUACUGAGAAACUGUACAACCCACUUUCUUUAGGUACAGUACCAGUGGUCCUAGGCCCACCGAGGCAGAACUAUGAGAACUUCAUUCCAGGAGACGCCUUCAUCCACGUGGAUGACUUCACCUCAGCGAAGGAACUGGCUGAGUACCUGCUGCUCCUGGAUAAGAAUGAGGAAAUGUACCUCAAGUACUUUGCAUGGCGGCGGCACUUUAAAGUAAAAAAAGCUCAUUUCUGGGCAGAACACACAUGCCUGGCCUGUGAUUAUCUGAGAAGGCACAAAGAGUACAAGGCAUUCAAUAACCUUGACAAGUGGUACUGGGGUUGA